CCUAUUGUAUCUGAUAAUACGCAAAGAUAGAUCAAUUUUCUGGACAAGCCUUCAUCUCUUGUUGUAAAAGAAAGUGGAGGUUGGGAAACGGGCAGAUGGCUUUUAAAUUGUGUUCAGUCAGUGUACAGGCAUGCGGCAGUCCGGGUUGCAGGUUGGAUUCUGUGGCAUUGAGAGAACACCAACAAACUGAGCUCCUGGAACUUCUGACAAUGGGCAAAAAUAAGAAUAAAAAGACUGAAAGUCGCUCUGGUAGACCGCAGACUCCCAAGUUAAAAGAGAGACCAAACACAGUCGACGGCUCAUCCCCUACGAAAGGACCACCCCCAAAGGUACCACCAAAGUACCAUCGCCAGCCGUCUGCUUCAGGAAACUCUAUCAAGCUUCAGCGUCAACGCUCCUUCAGAAAAUCCAAAGAAGAAAAUGGCUCCCAUCAUUCUAAAUCUCCAAAUGCCUAUGAGCUGUCAUCUGACUUCCAGGCAAAGCAGAUUGAGAUGCUCGAAAAGAAGUAUGGUGGACAACUGAGAGCCAGAAUCGCUGCUAGAACAAUUCAGCAAGCUUAUAGGAAUUAUUGCUUACGGAAAAAUUUCCAGCGCCUUCGCAGCAUUAAGGGAGAACGGCGUUUAGUUCAUCGACUUACUGAAAUGGGGCGAAGUGAUUCUAUGUGGAAUGACAUCGUCAUUCAUAAUGAUUCUUUAUUCACGUCUGAAUACUCUGUGGAUUCUGAGGGGAAUUAUAAUUUAGAGAAAACAAGGAAAUUAUCCGACUAUGACAACUACAGCCCUCAUGAGGCAUCUAUUGACAAAAUGAGGGAGACGCACAUGGCAGAUGUAGUCAUGAGAAGGAUCAUGAAAAUUGACUUGGAAACCAAUGCCAAGAAAAGAAAGGCCAAACAGAAGGGAGAAAAAGUCGGGAUCCUGCAGGGGUCUGAAGAAGAGCAGAACAACAACAGGAAUUCGUAUCCUGAACAGAAUGACAGUAGUGCCAGUGAUUCCCCGCAGGAGACUCCAAAUGAACCCCUGGUGGAUCUUCCCAGCGUGAACUUUGAAAACGUCCUGGAGACAAGGGACACGUCUCACCACAAUGACAGUUUUAGCAACAGUGAAACAAGCUCGUUGUCAAGCUGGCAUGGGCCCAGUCGAAGGACCUCCUCAGAAGUGGCCUAUGAGCCUCUAUUACAGCAUGGCGAAAUGUCAUAUGAGAACUUGAGAUCACCAUCUAUGGAUUAUUCCGAUGCCAACAUUGACUAUAGUCGGGACGGACCCAUGAGGGUAGACAUGUCUCCUGGAGACCGAUCCGUAUAUCCACCAUUUUUGCAUUAUGGACGUGUAGACUCAGAUCAGUCAGCCAUGUAUGGUAAUCAGGAAGUUAAACUUCGAAACAAACAGGGCGGUAAAAAAUCCUCCCCACAAGAGUCACCAAUAUGGAAACGUAAAAGUGCUCUGGCCGAAGCCAAAAUGGGAUUGAAAGAAGAAGAGGAGAAGCGUAUGAGUAAUAUCUCUGAAACAAGCGAGCCAGACAGUGUGGACGGUGGCCGAGCAUUGUCUAGUUCAGGCUCAGAUCUGACCAGUAUGACCAGUAUGAAUAGUGACACAGGGAGCUAUGCUAAAGACACUCUGGACUCUUCAAAACUUAGGACUGAGUCGCCACAGCCCAGCGUACGAUCUAUGGGUUCUUCCAAGGUGUCAGAUAAACAACGGAAAAGACAGUACAGAAUUGGGCUAAAUUUAUUCAACAAAAAACCAGAGAAAGGUAUGCGCUACCUUAUAGAGCAUCGGUUUGUUGAGAAUUCAGCGAGAGCUGGAGCCAAGUUUCUCAUUCAGAGGAAAGGACUGAGCAAGCAGAUGAUUGGCGAAUAUUUGGGAAAUUUGCAGAAUCAGUUUAACCAAGAUGUAUUAGAGUGUUUUGUGGACGAGAUUGACCUCUCAGGCCUUCAAAUAGAUGUUGCUCUCCGUACGUUCCAAGGAUUUUUUAGAAUGCCGGGUGAGGCACAGAAAAUAGAACGUCUGAUGGAAGCUUUUGCGAGACGCUACUGCGAGUGCAACCCAGAUGUGAUCAAGAAAUUCCGCACAACAGACACAGUUUUCCUCCUGGCGUUUGCCAUAAUUAUGCUAAACACUGAUCUUCACAGUCCCAAUGUGAAACAGGAAAGAAGAAUGAAAUUACCCGAUUUUAUCAAAAAUCUCAAAGGAAUUGAUGACGGUGAUGAUGUGGAUGCUGAUCUACUGGCUGGAAUAUUUGAGAGGAUACGACAGUCUGAAUUUAAACCAGGAGUUGAUCAUGUGACUCAAGUUAUGAAAGUUGAGCAGACGAUUGUGGGAAAGAAGCCACAAUUAGCCCAGUCUUCCAGACGUCUGGUGUGUUAUUGUCGUCUCUAUGAGGUGAAUGACCCAACAAAGAAAGAGAAAAUUGGACUCCACCAGCGGGAAAUAUUCUUAUUUAAUGACAUCAUGGUGGUCACAAAGAUCUUUGCCAAGAAGAAGACCAGCAUCACUUAUAGCUUCAGACAGUCCAUUCCAUUAGUGGGAACUCAGGUCUACCUCUUCGAAACUGCACAUUAUAAGCAUGGAGUCCGCUUGAUCUCUAGUCUAGAUGGGAAACCACUCAUCACUUUCAAUGCCAGGAAUGAACAUGAUAGAACCAAAUUUGUGGAAGAUCUCAAAGAGGCUGUGUAUGAGAUGAAUGAAAUGGAAGCAAUGAGAAUAGAUGAAGAGAUUCAGAAACACAAUCGGCACAGUAGUGACUCAGGGGUGGUCGAUAUUGAGCUUCUCAAACCGUGUGAUCCCACACCGAACAGAUUCUCUGCUCCCGAGCUCAAGAAGAGUCAGCUAACAAAUUCUCUAACUGAUAUUACAGAUGGUGCUAUAGCUCAAAGAAGAGGGAGUGAGGGAUCACUGGACAGCGGCAUGGUGAGUCUCAGUUUCUAUCCUAAAUAUUUGUAAAUAAAAUAAGUAGCUUAGUAACAGCCAAUUAGGCUGAUGGUUCUGUUGGAAUUAUCUUAGCAACUGUAUAUUGGAUCAAGUGUGUUAAUUCUCUCAUCAGCCAUCAAACACCCUUCU